AUGGAGUCGUUCGAGCUUAGGAUGCAGCUUAACAAUUUACUACUUAAUUUGAAUUCUUCCAAACAGGCGUCAUCUGAAGUUUGCACAUUUUUGGUACGAAAUUAUGUCUCACAGGAAGAUUUAUAUCCGGCUUUUCUAGAGGUCCUUCCAAGACUCGAUAUUAAUAAGCGCUUGAAUAUGUUUCAAUUUAUUGAUGACUUUCUGGCACUGAUAAAAAAGGAACCAAAAUAUAGGGAUAAUGAUAUUAUCUUCAAUUAUGCUUUUCUCAUAAUAUCAGAUUUAAGAAAAAUAUUGCAGUAUGUUAUACCCCAAACUCCACAGCUAGAAUCUGAUGACGAAAAUGGGCAAAGAGAAGGGAAACUAUCUUAUGCAGAUAUCAGACCAUUAUCUAAUUUACCUUUUUGUUAUAAAAUACUUUACCAUAUCUCGAAAGUGUAUGGCAUGACUGAAUUGUCUGAUAUCUCAGCGAAAUAUGAAUCGAAUCUAUUAACUGAAAAAGACCUUGAGGGAAUAAGAAAUGGUGAGCAUUUCAAUGAAUCGCAGACGUACAACAAUGAAGCAGAACCGACUAAGACAAGUCAUGUGGAUGACUAUAUAAAUUCCAGUCCAAGUUCUGACAUAAAAAAACAAUCACAUGGGGCAUCUAAACCAGAAGAGUCGUAUAUUCCAGAACAGAUAAACAGGAGUCUACACUCAGCCUGGGAUUUCCUUUUGUUGAAAAGAAGGCAAAGCCAAUAUGAGAGUAUGCUAAUCGACGUUCUGGAAGAUCCCUUCAAUUUGAAAUCUGAAAAGGGAAAAGAAACGGAAUCAAAACAGCCACCAUCCUGCUUAAUUCUGCAAUCUUCACAACCUGAAGCGAAUCCGGCGCCUUCUUCAUCCAGUACUCACCAUGUUGCACAUGGUAACAAUGCAAUGGUAUCAUCCGCUAACCAAGAUUCUUCAAAGAAUGUUCUUGCAUUAUCUCACAACUUAAUUCUUCAAAGGAUUGAGGCCGACAGGGAGAGACAGAAAAGAGGGAAGGAGACGUUGUGGGAAACGGAGAGAUCCGACGGCAAAAUAUCAAUUACUGAAUUUGAGUACAUAUACGAUACACUUCAAGCAUUCGACGAGGAGAAAGACAAGCCACUGAUCGAAGAGAUGGACAAGUUAUAUCAACUUUGUACGUUUGAUAAAAUGUCCAAACCGAAGCAACAUAGCCGACCAGAUAGGGUCCGCCAGUUACAGUUUCAAUCACCAUCACAUGCUCAAUCGAAAUCAGAGGUGCAAUCAUCAGCAACUCCACAUAAUAUAGGAAACAAAAGUGGACAUUCAGAUAAACGAAGAAGAGCCUUUGAGGAAACAGAUCUAUUCUACGGUAGUCAAACCCAAAGAAAUACAAGGAAGUAUCCAAAUAAUGGCCAUCCACCACAGAAUACGUAUUAUGAAUAUGCUUAUAAGAACUCAAGUAGAGGUAAAUACAGGCCUAGAGGAAAAGGUUGA